CGGAACCCGGGACGAAGCAUCGUCGUCAGCUUUUGUCGAGCACGUGGGCAACCGGGCGGCGAAUAGGAUAGACAAAAACAAAGUAUCCGCGUAGAGCUGCUCGCCAAAAACAUGGGGACCAUGCUUGCGGUGCUGUGCACGUUGGCCGGACUCGCCGAGAUCGCCCACUGCAAGUACAGACCGCGGGCAGCCGGGGACUCGUGCUGGGUCUCCACCGACUCGCAUCUCUCCAAGAAACGGAUCCCGGUGCAAGUGGUCCGCCAGCUGAACGAGGCCCAGGACCUGCACGACGUGCUCCGCAUCUGUUCGGGCGGCACGAGCACAUCGUGGCGGCGCAUCGGCACCUACGGCUAUCUUCUGUGGCAGAUCCGCUCGUACGAAGGGGACGCCAUGAGACAGCACCUGAAGACGACCGGUGAAGCCACGUAUGAACGCAGAAAACUGUCGGACGCCCCACGAAACAACCGGGCGGACACCAUCGACGACGAGAUGAUGCUGGGUGAUGCGCCGGCUGAACAACGAAAGCGGACCCUGCGCCUGGACAAGCGGGCCGCGUGCAGCCCGAGGUCGGUGCCCGUGCGGGUGCCCCAGCCGCGGGAGCCGGACGCCCUGUUCUACCCUACCUGCGCCGAGGUGGAGCGCUGCGCCGGAUGCUGCGGGCACCACCUGCUGCGCUGCAGAGCCAGCGCGUUCCGAAACGUCACCAGACAGGUGUUCGCCCUACGGCUGGCGUCGAACAAGUCCAACGCCAUCAACUUCGAGGGCUUCAAGAACGUGCGCCUCGUCGAGCACACCCAAUGCCGCUGCGAGUGCAAGGUGCGGCCCCACCACUGCGGGCGGGGCCAGACGUACAGGGAGGACCGGUGCCAAUGCGUGUGCACCAAUGCAUGGAUGGCGAGCCAGUGCAGCAGUGACGGAGCGCAUGUCUGGGACGCGAGGCGCUGCGCCUGCGUAUGCCGGCAUGCCGACACCGAGUGUUCCACGGGCAUGCGCUUCGAACAUGCACUCUGCAGAUGUGUAAAAGAUCUCUACAACAUGGCAGUGAUGACCUGAAGGACUUCAGACCGUGCCCUUCUGAUGCUUAUCAAGACACACA